UCCUCCCCAUUUCCCCCAAGAUUUAUCUAAUCUCUCUCUCUCUCUCUCUCUCUCUCUGCAUCCGUAAUAAAUUUCGCUGAAAUCUUCGUCCUAAACGGGCCUCAAUUCUCUCGAAACUACUUCUAGCCUUGCAUUUCAGGUAGUUCUGCAACUAUACCGAUAGCGCGAAAUGAGGAUCUUUGUAUGUUUUUCUUUUUCAUCUUCGAAAUAGCAAAUACAGGAAGUUGCGUGAUGGGCUAAAGGAUAUCACCUCUUUGUUGGCCGCAAGGGAGAAUACAUUGUAGUAGUCAUAGAGAGAGGAAAUGGAAGUGAGAUUUGAAGUGAAGAACAGGAUCGGGCUUUGUUGUUGCUUGACAGAAUUUAAAUUGAUAAUCUCUGUAGUUUUUGUUCGGAAAAAGAGCUAAUUUCUCAUCCCAAAUCUCAAUUGUAUUGAGCACGUCAAUUAGGAUGUGUAUUCUAGCUAGUGCACUUCAAUUGAAGAACACGUCAAUAAGAGUAAGCACUAGCUUUUAGUGCAGUCUACUGUCUCAUCUCAAAGUUUAUAGUCAUCUGAAGUUUCUUAUGUUCUUUCAUAAUUUCAAACCAAUUUUUUAUGAUAAAAUUCCUACAUGUUCUUCACCUUAUGACAUUUGAAUACUUCAGCGACCAUUACCUCCAUGGAAGCUGCAUUCCAUUUCUUUUUUUUCCUUUUAAAGGACUUUUGUUAGUGAAUGUCUUCCGCUACCAUGUGUACAAUUGGCAGUCCAAAAUAUUGUGUGAUGCAGAUUAUUGUGUCUAGAAAAUGUAAAUUUGGGUAAAGAACUCAAAAAUCAAAUUCUUUCUAAUAUUCUUUCUCAAUAUGGAUUGUGCAACAUCUCAUCACUAUUUUGGGCUCCCUCUCCUUUUACUCAUUGAAUGCAAUAGUUGUUUUCCUCUUCCCUUUUAGUAGGUAUUUGUCAACGUGGUUGGCACAAGCAACACACGCUAAGCAAUUUCUGUAAAUGGACAAAUAAAGAAAGGCUCGGGAUUUGCAUCAUAAGAAUGACUUCUUGUAGGUGUGACAAAACGUGGUUGGAACGUUUAUAUCCUUAAGGCUGAAAAAAAUGGUGACGAGCCUUUGAUCUCAAAUAUAAUGUGAAACCUUUAUCAAGUAGAUGAGAAUUUAAUGAGGAGUGCUCUCAUGAACAAAAUGGCAAACUAGGAAUGCAAAAAAGUAAUAAGGCUAAUGGUUGCUAUUCAGCCGUGUCAUGCCAAAUCCUUUAGUUACCUGAAGAAAGGAGGCAAAAGAAGAAAAAGUAAAUAAAGGCAAACUAAAAGCCUCAUCAUUGAGUUAUACAACGAGUGGAUUGGCAUAUGGCAUUUUCUAUUUCGGCAUACUUCUUUUGAUUUUGGUUAAAAAAAGAUAACUUUCUUGUUUCAAAAUUUGGAGAAUAUCCAAUUAUUUUUCCCUUUGGGCUUCAUUUGCUUUUGAAACUGCACUCUUGUAUAUAUUGCAUACCUUGCACACUUCUGUUUUUGUGAUGAAUGGUUUCAACAUUCGAGUUGUACAUAAAUCUCAAUCAAGGGUACUUACAUGCAGGUUCCUUUUUGCUAGUGAAAUAAAUGUCCAUAUUAAAGUGUCCAUUAUUCCGAUCCCUUUCUAUCCCUCUUGCAGUUUUACGUCUCCAAAGAAAGAAAUUGUAAUUAUUGCAUCUCCAGCCAUAGCACCCUAUCAUUUCUUAGUUAUUGAGUUUUUCUCUUUUCCGUGCCCAUAAGCCAAGUGACAGGGAUUGAAGAAGGUUUCUUCUUAAGAAACUGCUAGCUUGAAUUCAGAACGCACCAACUAAAAUGCACGGGUAAAGAGUCUACACUCACUUCACAGAGUUAAUCUUUCAAAGGAGGAAAACUUCCUCUUCCAUUGUUUCUUCCAAACUCUUGAAGUCAACGGUACAAGGUGGUCCCGUUUGAAGAAAUUCCAACAGAAAUUCUUCACGCUCGGAUGUCGGAAGGUACAAUGGCAGUUGUCAAACCAGAGAUGAAGUCUUACAUCUGGGUCCAAACUGCUGAUGGAUCUAUCCAGCAAGUAGAGGAAGAGGUUGCCAUGUUUUGCCCAAUGAUAUGUCGAGAAGUACUUCAAACAGGCAUGGGAUCUUCCAAAAACUAUGCCAUAUCUCUUCCUCAACGAGUCAAUCCUGCCACCUUGGGCUUAAUACUUGAUUACUGUCGGUUUCAUCAAUUACAAGGCCGCUCUAAUAAGGAGCGGAAAAUUUUUGAUGAGAAGUUCGUUCGUUUAGAUACAGAAAAGUUAUGCGAGUUGGCAUCUGCUGCUGAUAGUCUCCAGUUGCGGCCAUUGGUUGACCUCACUAGCCGUGCCCUUGCUCGAAUGAUUGAAGGGAGAACUCCAGAGGAAGUACGUGAGAUAUUUAAUAUACCCGAUGAUCUUACGGAGGAGGAAAAGUUGGAGCCAUUGAGAAACAUAACUGACGAUCCACACAUUAGGCUUCUCAAUCGUCUAUAUGCUAGAAAGAGGAAAGAAUUAAAAGAGAGGGAGCAAUUAAAGAGUAUUGAAAAUGAAGAAGAGCGCGUUGAUAAGCGCUCAGUCGAUGAUCUCUUGUCGUUUAUUAAUGGCGGAGAUGGAGAUUCAAAAGGUGUUAGAGCUAUUAAGAACAAAAAGAAGAAUCGGAAGAGAAAAGAUCAAUUACCAAGGAAUUCUUCUUCAAACAAUGGAAAUGGAGACCAUAAGAAGAAUGAUACAGUUGACAAUGUGGCUUCUCCAAACAAAUCCUCAAAAUUUCAGGAUUCUGAACCUGUCACCUUUUCACCUAACCUUGAAUUUGUUGAAGAUGAUAUGGAUGAUGAAUUAGAUCCUGCUAUGAGGGAAGAAAUUGACAGGGAAGUUGAGGAUUUUGCAAGGAGAUUGAACUCUGUUUGGCCAAAAAGAAUUCAGGAGAGUGUAUCUUUGGGCAAUGAGAGACUUGUUCCAAUGUCUGUGUACGGCAGUGGUUCGUUGAAGAGAUUUAGUGGUUUCAGCAAGCAGCAGUAAUCCAGAUGACCCAUUUCUCACAAGUUGCAGCUUCAGCAGUUUCGAGCAAAGCGCUUGAAGAGAGGACCGUCCCAGAGAUUAGUCCUCAGAUUCCUGCAUGUUGGAAAAGGCUUGAAAAUGUGGGCAAAUGGGGGUAUAACCUCCUGUUGUAACUUCUAGGCUUCAACACAAAAUUUUCCUUGUACAUCUUUGUUUUUCUGUCAGCCUUGGAACAGUUUUCAGUUUCUUUAAUUUCUCAUGUUGUGGGAUUGUCUGUGUGUAGCGGUUGUGAAUGAGCAAUAAUGUUGUACGAUACUCUCGAUUUUUUCAUUGAUUUUGAAUUUUCAUCAAUUGAGAAAUCAACAUGUUGUUCGGAACGUGCUCGUGCUUGAAAUGUGAAAUAAACGCUGCCCGCAUUGAAUUUCA